GGAUAAAGGUGAACUAGCGUUAUAUCUCUCUCUCUCUGCUUUUCUUCGCUGACGUCUAGGGUUGUUUCCCACGUAAUAUAUAAUAAUCCAUAAUUUAAAGUUAGGUUUCCUCCACAGUCGCUCACUUACGUCACUGUGACUAUAGCUAAGGGCACAACCCGCCGAAGGUGCAAUUUGUCCGUACGUUUUUUUGGGAGGCCACAACCGCCACGUAUUUCUGAAAGCGUUCAGGCUGUACAGGGCAGGCGCGUCGCCUGUACUGGCACGUAUGGGGGCGAAUCUGCAGCCUGAUGACAGAAAAAGUUUUGCCUGCAGUCGUAAAGCUCUACGGCGUGUCGGUGUGCUCCAAAAUCAGUCGGAUUCCCUACGAGUUCGUAUGGAGGCGGUACUUACCAGUUACAGAUACCAAAAAAUGCCCACGUUUUGGCACGCAGACAGCAUGUAUUUGCAUGUACGACGGGUCGUGCCUUUAGCUUAAGGUGCCCUGAAGGACGCUUCAGUGAAGUUUUCAUUCUUAAGUUUCCAAGAUGAGCGUCAAAACAAAAGAAUGCUUGCAUCUGUUAAAAGGUGUUUGGGCAAACUGUACAUUACUGACAUCCGCAUGCUCACAUCGUAUCUCGGACAACUCCUGUUAUAGCUAUUUUUUGUGUGAUCUUGGACCUGAACUAGUCCCCCAAGCGUACGACGGGACAAGUUUGAUUAUUCUUUCUUUAAGUGCAAGUCAAAAUUCUCCGUCUGCUGUCAGAAUGGUGCCUAAUAGCGAAGUGAUGUUGUGUGUCCUGUUCCUGAGUAUGACCACAGGAGCCUAUGCAGGCCCUUGUGAGGAGUACUCGAUCUUGAACGACGCCUGGCGAAGCGUGGACUACAUCCGCCCCUCCGGAGCCGACUACCAUUGUGACCAACACUCCCACGCAGCCGGGACGAUCUCCAGCGGUUUGACCGAGGGUUGGUACCGGUUCACUGGUCCUGCGGGAAACCUGAUGCCGACGGCGUCUCCAGGACUAAACCACUGUGGGACAGCCGUGCCGGUAUGGCUGAACGGCCCACACCCAACCUUCCCUGACGGGGUGGUGACGCGCCAGGCCUGCGGCUUCUUCUUUGGAGAAGUCUGUCACUACUCUUGGGACAUCCAGGUCGCGGCUUGUCCGGCCGGCUUCUACGUUUAUUACCUGAUGCCACCACCCCAGUGUAACAUCGCCUACUGCGUCGAAAACGGAGAUGACCCCCCAGUUGUGACAACGGCAGCAACAACAACAACAACCCCGACAACAACAACAACAGCCGAGACAACAACAACCAAGGCAACAACAGUACCUUGUGACCAGUACUCGGUGUUAGACGAUGAUUGGAGAAGUGUGACUAACUCGGGAUCAGAUCGUCACUGCGACCGACCUGGCUAUCAGGACUCGACUGGACUGACCGAAGGUUGGUACCGUUUCACGGGAACGGCGGGAAACCAGAUGCCGACGGCCGCUCCGGGCUCCACCCACCUGUGCGGCACGUUCGCACCUGUGUGGCUGAACGGCGCGCACCCGGCUGUGGCUGACGGCGUGGUGACACGUCAGGCGUGCGCUUACAGGGACUCUAACUACCCCUGUGCUUGGCGGUGGGACAUCCAAGUGGCGGCCUGCCCGGGCGGGUUCUACGUGUAUCACCUGAUACCAACUCCUACCUGUAACCUGGGAUACUGUGUAGAAAACGGAGCUGGCCCUACAGUUGCCACUACGACGAUGAUGACUACCACUGCAAUCACAGAUAUUCCUUCGCCACCCAUCUACAACUCGCUGUGCUACAAGUUGUCGGAAGAAGUCACCAAAGACUACGAAAGCUCUGCGCUAGAAUGCGCCGCGAAGGGAGGCAGCCUUGCUCUGAUCGGGGACGCAGCGACGCAGAGUUUUGUGGCUGAUCUGAUUCGGGACCGCAGCAAUGUGAGCCACUGGGCUGGGAGUACCGCACCCGCCGUACACUGCUCUUACAGCGGUCCGUCUGCUGGAAUAGACCACGACUUAUGGGCCCCCGGACACCCGCCGAUCUUCUGUGUGUACAUGGACAGUGGAGCUGGCUACAAGUUCAACGUGGCUGUCUGCUCGGAGGAACACGGGUUCGUCUGUCAGAGUGGUUAGUGUUUAGCCUAACUUCUGGGUCUUAACACAAUUCUU